AAGAGAAGAACAAUACCAACCCUCUCUCUCUUCUACUAUUUUAAUUUAUUUAGACAGAGGAAACGGGGGUAAAAAAAAAUAUGUAUUAUUUUCGAUUGAGUCGUUUGUAAGAAGGGUCAAAAAUGUAGUAAAUAAGUAUUCGAUGUUUGUCGUAAAACUUUCGACAUGAAUUAUUGCACCUGACCCCACAUGCGUGUCAGACUUUUAGGACCUCCUCUUGUGAAGGGAGCGGGUCACCCCGCUGGCGACUCACUACAGUUUUCUUCCUUUUUAAAAAGAAUUUUAAACAGUAAAAUCCAUCCUAAACUGUACUAUUUUAUGGUUUUACAGCAUUCUAACAACCCUUUUUACUGCCAGAAAAGGGGGUCAGUUAUAAACUUUACCUUCGACAGUUCAAGUUGCUACAUUUAUAAGUGCUGUUUUGUUUUAAAAAAAACCACGUUAUCUACCGAUUAAUCAACGUAAAAUAUGUGCGAUUUUUAUGAGCUGUCGGAGUCGGGGACGAGCACCCCUUGUCAAUCGUUGACCCUACUUGUAGUCACUUGCCAUCGUCGUCGAGUAUCGAGUCAGUCGUUGCUUAAUUUUUCCCGAUUCCUGGACAAUUUCCCGAAUCUUUUCGUCCGUUGUGAUUAUGUACUUAACCUUUUCUCCCGUGGUGGCCAGGUUGCCAUUGGUGGGCGAAAGUCACAUGACCGACCUGGGCCGUACCUUAUUUGGAAUAAUGUGCUAUUAAAAGUGUAAACCCGAGGUUGGCAAGGAGGACAAACACUCAGCGGCCAUAAUUCAUCAAAAUAAGCGGAGAAGUGUCACGGUGUACACAAAUCAAGAGAGACACAUGAGCUCUUACCAAUUUGUGAAUACGUUGACGUCCUGUUAUGGCCAACGGGGCCAGGAGACGUCGAAUCAAGACUAUUAUACACCUCAAGUGCAGGCUUACGGUGGCUGUUACAGCGGGCCCGGUUCCCCCGUUCAGCAGUACGGCUCUUACGGACAACACAGCAUACCCCACCUUCAAAAUGGCGAUCACCACUACAACAGUUGUUCCCAACGCCUCAGUCAUCCGAAUCCCAGUCAGAGUCCGAGAACUCCGACACCGACGGCCGUAGCCAGUUGCAAGUAUGCAGCCGAGCCGAGCGCAACGUCUCCUCAAGACCUCAGCACCACGGCCUCGUCUCACCCCACGGCUCCGCCGAGCCCCGAAUCUCAGGCAUCUCCGCCUCAGCCUCACCGCCAACCUCAACAACCUCACCACCAUCCUCAGCAGUCCCCUCCUCACACCCAACAGCAGCAACCGCAGCCAGUGCAGCAAUCGUCGACACCACCUCAGCAACCGCAGACACCGACAACACAACAACAGGGACAACAGAACCAACAGAAGGCCAAUUAUCCAUCGAAUCCACCGCAGAUUUAUCCAUGGAUGAGGAAAGUUCACGUCGGUCAGAACGGCGUCAACGCUAUGGGUGAGACAAAACGCCAGCGGACGUCAUACACUCGUUACCAGACCCUGGAGUUAGAGAAGGAGUUCCACUUCAAUCGCUACCUGACUCGAAGGAGGAGGAUCGAGAUAGCCCACGCUCUUUGUCUAAGUGAAAGGCAGAUCAAGAUAUGGUUUCAAAACAGGAGAAUGAAAUGGAAGAAAGAACACAAGAUGGCUAACACGGUGCCACCUCAGAUACCUCAGGUGAUGGCAGAUCAUCAUCAUCCUCACCAUCUACACAGCGAGACUAAAGCUUAAGGAAGAAGAAAAUAAAUGGUGACAAAUUUCAAUUCCCUUCAUUUGAUUUUCUUUUUGGUGUGCGUAAGAGGGGGGGGGGGAAACGAUGACGACGACGAUGACGACGGGACUUUCCAAUUCUCCCCCCCACGGAAAGUGUGAAAAUAUUUACUUGAACUAUGUACAAAUAAGAAAAACAAAACAAAACAAAAAAAAAACUCUUAAAAUAAUUCGAGGGGAUGAAAAAAUAUUUGUGAGAGGAUGAAAAAUUGUAUACGUAGUGAAAAACUUUACGAAAGUAACAUCGAUAUAGUUAUCUGCCAGAUGUAGUAUAAUAGUUACACCUGGUAGUAUUAUGAGACUUGAGUUUACAAAGAAAAAAUUAAUAAUAAUAAUAAUAAUAAUAAUAAUAUGAAUAAUAAUAAUAAUAAUACGAACCAUUCCGUAUAAUGUGGCCCUUUUUGGCUCAAAAAUUAAAGGUAUCUUUCCUCCCAAAUUUAAUGAUACUUGCGGGUUUUGGGAGGAAGAUCAAAUGAUGCCAAUUAUACGUAACUUAACUGUAGUGAUUUUUUCCUUUUUAAUUCUUUGUGCAAUGUUGUGAAGUGUCAUACAAAACCAGGACCUCUAUCAGCCCAAUAAAUUAUACGAGGGGGGUUGACAGUGCCAAUUCCACUAUAUAAACAACAAACCCUCCUCUCGCGCGUGUAACUCCCCCGAGUUUUUACAUUAACGAAUCUCCUCUUAUUUAUUAAAGAAAAUAAUAAUAAUAAACGUAACGUGACGUUUUUAAUUAAGAAAUUUUAGAGGGAAUCGCGUGAUUUUGUUUGUUAUUUUUUUUUUUUGGCUUUCUUUCCUAUAAAUAAAAUCAAAUAUUUCUCUUCUAUGUAGUAGAGGAGUGGCCCCACUGCUCUUUUCUCAUUCGGGGUGGUGCCGAGUGAGGUCCUGGUAAACUGCUGAUCUCGGGAAAAUUUUUGAGGUUCCUCCCCUAGUCCGACAGUCCUAUGGUACUUACAAUUAUACACAACACUGGGUAUGUGUGCAAUAUGUAUUUUGUAUGCACAAAAAUUUGCAUAAAUGUAGAAUUUCAAAAGGGGGUAGGAAGAAGAAGAUCUAAAAAUACUACUCGGUGAGAGAGAGAUGUAUUUUUUUCCCCCCUUUAAUUAUUGGUCCUCUUUAAGGGGGGUGUGCUCGCGUGCUUGUGUGUGUGUGUGUGUGUAUAUGUGUGUCCUACUUCGUGACGACAGAUCGAAUAUUGCUCAUCUGUGCAGUAUUUUUUUUUUUUUUUAUUUUAUUUCUAGGAAAAAACUGACCGAAAUGACACACGUCACCUAAACUGCUGCAAGAGAUUUUGUGAUCGAUUGCUUCAGCUUUUGGUUAGAAAUAGAAUUGCACCAAACUAACGUCAUAUUCAUCUUCUAAAUUUAGAUUUAUACAAUUUUUGUUACUUUAGAAUCGAAUUAGACAGUAAAAAUUCGCUUGACACGUUCACUAAAUUGUCUAAAUUUUAAUUAUUUACUAAAGAUUUAAUUGAGAUUUUUUAAAAAUAUUUUUCUUUUACAAUUUAAGUACAUCUUCCACCCUCCUAAAAUAAAUAAAUAAAUAAAUAAAUAAAAAUCACACUACGCUCGCAGCCAAGUUAAGUGUUGCGUGAAUUUUAGGAUUAUUCGUAUGAAUAUAUUUUUUCUUAUUUAUAAAGAGAAUUUUGAUGGGUUUUUUUGUAUUCGUUAAUCGUAGGAGAAUUAUUAUUAUUAUUUUUUCGGAAUUUCCUUAAAAUUCUCGUUUGGUUUCCUCUUGGUUUCUGCACCAAUGAUUGCUAAACUGGUGAACCCACCAAUCGGUCCUGACAUUGUGCCGAAACGUCUAAAUGGGUCACUUCUUUGCCAACUUUUCUUACAUCACCCCUUAAAUGGGUUUAUAAAAAGGGGUUCUGUAACGUUUCCUCAUCAAUUAAUCCAAAAAAAAAAAUCCAAUUAUUAAGCAUUUACAAUUAAAUUUUUGGAGCAUACGAGAACACUUCAACACCCCUUUUUUUGUGUGUGUUUUUUUUGGGGAUGAAUUAAUUAAACUUUUUUACAUUUCUUCUUCGUUUAUUUAUUAUAUUCCACGAUUUUAAAAUAAAAUUUCGCCUUCUACACUAUGUUAAAAGGCACCCCACGUUAGUUCCUAUUUUAAAUAGGAGAGAGAGAGAGAGAGCGUAACUACCUCAUCAUUCAUUAAUACCCUUAGAAAUUAGCCUGUGGGCAUUAAAAUAGCUCGAGAGGUAUUAAAAUAUACUAGCAAUAUAAGGGUAUUUUUUUAAAAAUAAGAUUAACGUUACCACUCCUCUUAACGUACACUAAAAAUUUUUUUAUUUUUUAUUUUAGAUUUCCUACCCUCCUCUUCGUUCCUUAACCCAUCUAAAUUUAUAGAGGGGCAGUUUUAGGACGAUGUUUACUUAAAAAAUAAAAGGAAAAAUUAGUGGAGAGGGUGCAAAAAUGGCCAAUAAAAAGAAAAACAUGGUAGAUUAUUCCUAAGUUUUGGGUAGAAAAAAAAAAGUAGCUGCUCAUCUACCUCUCCCCCUGUUAUAGAUGUUUGGGUGGAGAAAUAGGAGGUCUGGAUGACGUCAGAGGCAGUUUGAGGUGUUUUGGUAGAGGAGGUGAGCUGUACUCCCGUCGGACCAAGACUGUAAUGUGUCUUCCUGAUGUUCAGUUUUUUGAUUGAUGGUGCUAGACUCGCUCGCUAGUUUUAUCCAAUGUAUGAUGUUUGCUGACGACACAUAUGACAAAAUUUCUGCCUCGGAAUUUCGUCUUCAAAAAUGAUAAAUGCAUUUUUAUUUUUUAGAAGAGGAAGAAGAAGAAGAAGAAGAA